CAGCCGGCCGCUCAGCAGCCGCACCGGCGCAACACAGCUAGCUGAUCCCAAGAAGGAGCGCCUCAGAAAAGCGGAAAUCACCCGGAGGGACGGGCGCCGCUGAAAUCUCGCGAGAGGGACCCCCACUUCCUUCCUCUGCUUCUCCCUCCUCUUUCCCCCGCCCCCAUCCCUUCUCCCUCCCCCUCCCCCUCCCGGGUCGGAGUGUCCCUGCGCCCCACGGGCCGGAGCAGCAGCGAGAGCAGCUUUCCCCGCUCCCUCCCCCUCGCCUCACUCACCCCCCACCCCCCCCGCCGAGCGAGGAGGAGUCGGAGGAGAGGAAGAUGGCGGCGGCCGCCAGCGCCCGCGGUGCCGCGGGGCCGCUCCGAGGAGCCUGAGAAACCCACAGAGGCUUCGCGGGAAGACGCGGCGGCAGAGGAUGAGCCUGCAGAGCGCGCAGUAUCUCCGAAUGUCUUAAACCAUUCUACCUUAUGAGAACUUGGAUGUUCUUGCAGAUAGUCAUUGUGGGAGAAAACGUUUCAUUUAAGUCCCAGAUGAGGACCGGAAACUUGAAAUCAGAGGAGCAUCUGAAAUCAAGUAAUAUUAGGCAGGCAGAAGUCCUGAAGGCUGACAUGACAGAUUCUAAGCUGGGUCCAGCUGAGGUCUGGACAUCCAGGCAGGCUCUGCAGGACCUGUACCAGAAAAUGCUAGUUACUGAUUUGGAAUACGCUUUAGACAAGAAAGUAGAACAGGAUCUCUGGAAUCAUGCCUUUAAGAAUCAGAUCACAACACUACAAGGCCAGGCAAAGAAUCGAGCAAACCCGAAUCGGAGUGAAGUUCAGGCAAACCUUUCUCUGUUCCUAGAGGCAGCUAGUGGCUUCUAUACUCAGUUAUUACAAGAACUGUGUACAGUGUUUAACGUAGAUUUACCAUGCCGUGUGAAGUCUUCCCAGCUGGGGAUUAUCAGCAAUAAACAGACGCACACCAGCGCCAUCGUGAAGCCACAGUCCAGCUCCUGUUCCUACAUCUGCCAGCACUGCCUCGUCCACCUCGGAGACAUUGCUCGAUACAGAAACCAGACCAGCCAGGCAGAGUCCUACUAUAGACAUGCAGCUCAGCUUGUCCCCUCUAAUGGUCAGCCUUACAAUCAGUUGGCUAUCUUAGCUUCCUCCAAAGGAGACCAUCUGACCACCAUUUUCUACUACUGCAGAAGCAUCGCUGUGAAGUUCCCUUUCCCAGCUGCCUCUACUAAUCUACAGAAAGCACUUUCUAAAGCACUGGAAAGCCGGGAUGAGGUGAAAACCAGAUGGGGUGUCUCUGACUUCAUCAAGGCCUUUAUUAAAUUCCACGGUCAUGUGUACCUGAGUAAGAGCUUGGAAAAGUUGAGCCCUCUUCGAGAGAAAUUGGAAGAACAGUUUAAGAGGCUGCUGUUCCAAAAAGCUUUCAACUCUCAGCAGUUAGUUCACGUCACUGUCAUUAACCUGUUUCAACUUCAUCACCUUCGUGACUUUAGCAAUGAAACGGAACAGCAUAGUUAUAGCCAAGAUGAGCAGCUGUGUUGGACACAGUUGUUAGCCCUCUUUAUGUCUUUUCUUGGCAUCCUGUGCAAAUGUCCUCUCCAGAACAAGUCUCAGGAGGAGUCCUACAACGCCUACCCCCUCCCUGCAGUGAAGGUCUCCAUGGACUGGCUGAGGCUCAGGCCCAGGGUCUUCCAGGAGGCGGUGGUGGAUGAAAGACAGUACAUUUGGCCCUGGCUGAUUUCUCUUCUGAACAGCUUCCACCCCCACGAAGAGGAUCUUUCAAGCACUAACGCUACACCACUUCCGGAGGAGUUUGAGUUACAAGGAUUCUUGGCUUUGAGACCUUCUUUCAGGAACUUGGAUUUUUCCAAAGGCCACCAGGGUAUCACAGGAGACAAAGAGGGCCAGCAGCGGCAGAUUCGGCAGCAGCGUUUGAUCUCCAUAGGCAAAUGGAUCGCAGACAAUCAGCCGAGGCUGAUUCAGUGUGAAAAUGAGGUAGGGAAAUUGUUAUUUAUCACAGAAAUCCCAGAGUUAAUAGUGGAAGACCCCAGUGAAGCCAAAGAGAACCUCAUUCUGCAAGAAACGUCCGUGAUAGAGUCAUUAGCUGCGGACGGGAACCCGGGGCUGAAGUCAGUGCUGUCUACGGGCCGGAGUGUAAGCAGCAGCUGUGACCCAGCAGAGAAGCCCAUGGUCACCUUCAAAGAGAACAUCAAGCCGCGAGAAGUGAACAGAGACCAAGGAAGAAGCUUUCCUCCCAAAGAGGUGAGAAGGGACUGUAGCAAAGGAGUAACUGUAACUAAGAAUGAUGGAACGAAGGACAACAACCAGAGGAAAACAGAAACCAAGAAAUGCACCUUAGAAAAGUUACAGGAAACAGGAAAGCAGAAUGUGGCAGUGCAGGUAAAAUCCCAGACAGAAUUAAGAAAGACUCCGGUGUCUGAAGCCAGGAAAACACCUGUCACUCAAACCCCAAGUCAAGCAAGUAACUCCCAGUUCAUCCCCAUCCAUCACCCUGGAGCCUUCCCCCCUCUUCCCAGCCGGCCAGGGUUCCCGCCCCCAACGUAUGUCAUCCCCCCACCUGUGGCAUUUUCUAUGGGCUCAGGUUACACCUUCCCAGCUGGUGUUUCUGUCCCAGGAACCUUUCUUCAGCCUGCAGCUCACUCUCCAGCAGGAAACCAGGUGCAAGCUGGGAAACAGUCCCACAUUCCUUACAGCCAGCAACGGCCCUCCGGACCAGGGCCAAUGAACCAGGGACCUCAACAGCCACAGCCACAGCCACCUGCCCAGCAGCCCCUUACAUCUCUACCAGCUCAGCCAGCAGCCCAGUCCACAAGCCAGCUGCAGGUUCAAGCUCUCGCUCAGCAACAGCAGUCCCCUGCAAAAGCUGUGCCAGCUUUGGGGAAGAGCCCUCCUCACCACUCUGGAUUCCAGCAGUAUCAACAGGCAGAUGCCUCCAAACAACUGUGGAAUCCCCCUCAGGUUCAAGGCCCGUUAGGGAAAAUCAUGCCUGUGAAACAGCCCUACUACCUUCAAACCCAAGACCCCAUAAAACUGUUUGAGCCGUCAUUGCAACCUCCCGUAAUGCAGCAGCAGCCUCUAGAGAAAAAGAUGAAGCCUUUUCCCAUGGAGCCAUAUAACCACAACCCCUCAGAGGUCAAGGUCCCAGAAUUCUACUGGGACUCUUCGUACAGCAUGGCCGACAACAGGGCUGUCAUGGCGCAGCCAGCGAACGUGGACCGCAGGGGCAAGCGGUCCCCAGGAGCCUUCCGUCCAGAGCAGGACCCUGCGCCCGGGAUGCCGUUCGAGGACCCCAAGGGCUCCCCUCUGCUCCCUCCGGACCUGUUAAAGAGUCUGGCUGCCUUGGAGGAGGAGGAAGAGCUGAUUUUUUCUAACCCUCCUGAUCUUUACCCAGCUCUGCUGGGGCCUCUCGCCUCCCUUCCUGGACGAAGCCUCUUUAAAUCCUUAUUGGAGAAGCCCUCAGAGCUCAUGUCACAUUCAUCCUCUUUUCUGUCCCUCACCGGAUUCUCUCUCAAUCAGGAAAGAUACCCAAAUAACAGUGUGUUCAACGAGGUGUAUGGGAAAAGCCUCACCACUAGCUCCAAAGCGGAACCGCGCCCCUCGGCGGCCCCGCAGGAAGCGUCGCUGUACUCCCUGUUUGAAGGAACCCCGUGGUCGCCGUCACUCCCGGCCAGCUCAGACCAUUCAACACCAGCCAGCCAAUCUCCUCAUUCCUCGAACCCAAGCAGCCUGCCGAGCUCCCCUCCAACACACAACCAUAAUUCUGUCCCGUUCUCCAAUUUUGGACCCAUUGGGACUCCAGAUAACAGGGACAGGAGAACUGCAGAUCGAUGGAAAACUGAUAAGCCAGCCAUGGGGGGGUUUGGCAUUGAUUACCUCUCAGCAACGUCAUCUUCUGAGAGCAGCUGGCAUCAGGCCAGCACUCCGGGUGGCUCCUGGGCAGGCCAUGGUCCCUCCAUGGAGGAUUCCUCUGCUGUGCUCAUGGAAAGCUUAAAGUCUAUCUGGUCCAGCUCCAUGAUGCAUCCUGGACCUUCCGCUCUGGAGCAGCUGUUAAUGCAGCAGAAGCAGAAGCAGCAGCGGGGACACGGCACCAUGAACCCUCCACACUGAGCCAAGGGGCAGCCCUGGGAACGAAGGCUCCAUAAACCAUGGCAUGCUGGGCUUGCAGGACCGGCCCACGCAGUCCCCUGCAGGUGGCAGCCCUCUUUUCUGUUCCUUGCUGUUGAGAGGGUGUAAGCGUCCACCAGCCCGCUGAGUGUGCACGAAAUGUCCGCAGUGCAACAAAAAGAAAAACCACCAGGAACUGUCCGUCCCCCGGGGCCUUGCGGAGGGGGAGGAGCUGCUGCUCGUCUCACUCAGUUACGUGACAUCACUGCCUCUCCCCUUCUCCGUCGUGCAUGUCCCCAGCCACACGGGCAGUGAAAGCUGAGAAGGGAAGGCAGAUGGGAGAAGCCAGUGGGAACUUCUCAGUCCUUUUUUUCCUCUUUGGGGAAUAAAAUAGGAAUCCAUUAAUGAUUGCUUUGCUGACUGAGAAUGUAGUUGAAAUUACUCCUGAACAUCUUUUAUUAUUGUUAUUACUCUCAGUAGUGAAACAUCACACUGAAUUCUUCCAUACACAGACGUGCUUCUAGUCAGUGUGUAGCAAGGAAAGCCCCGUGCGCUGCUCCUGUGCGAGGCUGGCGGUGACCGGAGGGGGAGACUGACCUCUUCCGCCAGUGGAGUGUUCCAGGAGGGAGAGGACAGAGGCCUCCACUUUCACCCAGAAGGUUCUGGUGGGCCCUCCUCUGGCCUGGAGACUCCAGCAGGAAGCGCCCUUCUCUCUGUCGGUGCUCGAGCCCCAGUGGAGGACGCAGCGUGGGUGGUGGUGCUGGGCUGGACUAGCUGACGACUGCUGUAGGAUUUUAAAUGAACGUUUUCGAUUCCUGUACAUUUUACGGUAGCAUAGCAAGCCGUCUCACGGAAGGCAGGCUAGUCCACUCGCGGCCUGACACAUUUUAGUAGGUAGAAGCUUUCAGUGUGGUUAUUUUUCAUUUGGUUGGUUUUUGUGCCCCCAUCCUACCUACCGCCCACCUCCUGCUGUCCCUACCUCCAUCCCCCUUUCUGCCCUGCGCUGUGUGCUGGUAAUUGUGUUUACUCCUAAUGUGUACAACAUCUCGCCAGGGAGCAGCAGCACGGGGCCAGGAGGGGGGCCCAAAGACAGUCUGAGAGAAAGGAAGCAGCGGCGUCUGCUGAGCCUGCCGAGGGGCCGCCCGCCGCGGCCUCCCAGCCUCCGCCUCCAGAGUGAGACCCAGGGCAGCACGGACACGUGUGCGUCCCGCACAGAAGAAAGCGCAACGAAGCCCCUUCUGGAAAAGGCGAAAGAAAGGAAAAUCAACUUUUAUUUGAUAUUUAUUAGAAGGAAAGAGGACUGAAAAUGUUCUUGUGUAGAAACAGAAGGACAGCAUUUCUGCUAGUUAUUUCCUAGAAAAGUAAUAUUUUAAGGGGAAAUGAUGGAAACAAUCUGAUGAAUGUCCAGUUGCUGUGCUAGUGGUAGGGUCUGUUUCCUGGGAGGUCUCUUGUGUACGUGUGCGUGUCUGUGUGCAGGUGUGCACGCCCAGCUGCCCCCCAGGGGAGGGGCGGGGUGUGUGCGUGUGUGGGGUUAGUGUGGGACCCCGGCUGGAGAACGGCUGCAGAGCCAAGCACAUCCAGGAGCCCCGGGCGUCACUGGAGUCCGGGCAGCCCCGGCAGCGACAAGGGGCGAGGGGAACACUCACUGCUCUUGCUAGAGCGGUUGGAGUCCCGUGUGCUUACAUGAUUGCUCUUUUAGUUUGACGUGGUGUUUGGGUUUUUUGUUUUUGUUUUGUUUUUUGAAAGGUCUGAAAGGGUGAAGUCCCCCACCCAAUGGCAAUAUGAAGCCCUCUGUGCUUCUCUCCAGCCCCUUCCCCGUGCCACCUCUCCCCCAUUCCCUCCCUCCCGAGCCUCCUUCCCUGCCGCCUCUGCCCACGUUGUGUUUGAGCUCUGCAUUCAGGCAGCUGCGACAUUCCAGUGUUUGAACUGUCACCGGUUCUUGCACCCUCGACAGGCUGACCAGGUUCGUCGUCUCGCUCCCCGAAGUGCCCACGUCCCACCCACAGCCCCGUUUCUGCAUGAGGAUUCGGUGUGUGGAAUGCUCCCUGACGCUCGGGGCGGGAGCCCUCGCCCUGCCGCCUUCCGCGUGGAGCAGUGGGGAGGAGAGGAGGCUCUUCACCGGAAGCUGGUUUUGUGUAGUAAACUUUCUUCUGUGCUUUGUUUCUGUUUUUGUUUUUUGUUUUGUUUCGGUCUGUCUGUGCAAGCCCUGCAGCUGCUGAACUCGGCUUUGCCUUUAAUUAAACCACGUUCUCCAACCA